AUGUAUACACCAGCUGUGAGAGAAGCACAAGCAGCAGAAAAGUCUGCACAGGAUAGACUACAGGCGGUUAUGCGGGUAUUAGAAGAACAGAAUAAAAAACUACAGGAAACACAAAAUGAAUUAAAUAGUGUAUGUCGAUCAUUAAAUACAUUGGCUGCAUAUACACAAGUUGAAAUGCGCUGUGAAGAUAACAGAGGAAGUACUCAAGCAGCAAUACGGGCUACGCAUGCUCGUAUGUGUACCCCAACAUUAUUAAUUGCUUCUAUACAAGAAAAGAUAAGUGCCUUACAAUCAAGGCCGUUAAUGGUAAAUAGUCCUCCUAUUCCUAUAUCAGAACACUCCUACAAUGGCUUUGAUCCUCUCACUUUAGCUUUACAUCGAUUGGAGGAAACACGAGAGGAAUGUUAUCACCUGCAACGACAGGUAGCUUUAUAUAAGGACCAACAACAAGAGAAACAACAUUCAUCUCAACAAGAAGAAGAAUCAAAAGCUAUAUCGAAUCAUUUUACUGGAAUUCAUGCUGCGGAUCUAGUUGAAGGGUUUUCAAUGGAAUCUUAUAGUUACGAAGUACAACAAACGAUGCUUCAAGAACAAAGACGUUUUUUCUUAACGAUGAAAUCUCUGAAAGGUAUAAACACCAUCUUAUUGCGUCCGUCUGAAAAACCUAAUAUUGAUUUAUACACACGAAGGUCACUUCCUCUCUUUGUGGGACACAGUCUCUCUUUACAUCAGUGGAUGAAUACAGAGAAUACUCAACCUAGUAGAUAUGCUGUUGUCUUUUAUCCAUUACCACCAGAUCGUCAGAAUGAGUUACCAAAAGAAUAUUUAGAAAAAUUGUUGUUAACCAAGGCGAAAGAAAGUCAUGGUAAACUUAAAAUCGUUGAUUUAUCUUCUUCUUCUACUACUACUACUACUACUACUACUACUACUAGUAAAGGUAAUAGUGGUACUUGUGGAAAUACUAAGAGUGAUGUGUACCUUUCUGCUAAUGCUGUUCGUUUCUCAGCAGAUGGUUCCUUCAUGUAUGUUUGUUUAGGCGACAUUAAUAAUAGUGUAGAUGAAACCAAACGUGUGGUUCUCCUGCGUAUUGUGGAUUUACUGCGAGAAGGUCUUCAAAUGGCAUCUACACAUUGUUUUUGUUAUUACACAUCCAUACCAUUAAGUGUUGGAUGGACAGCCGCUGGGAUUUCUGCAUGGGCGUUAGAUGAGAUUACCUUUACAUCUCCUGCAGAGCGACAGCGGUUUAUUCAUCAUCUCGGUGAAAUAUACAAAACGGUGAUUCACCUCACACGAUCGGAGGUGCUGAACUUUGCGGGGGAAUGUGUGGAAGUUAUUUCACAUCCAAUCAUUGGUGGAGUUUCACUGCGGCGGCGAUGUAUUAUUAUUUCUGCCCGCGCCUUUCGUUCCCUGUCGGAACACAACCGCGCUGUAUUGACGGCCUGGUAUAAUAAUAAUAAUAAUAAUAAUAAUAAUAAUAAUAAUAAUAAUGACAGUAAUAAUAGUAAUAGUGGAGGAGGAUGUAUAAUACCGGAUUUAUCGAUGAUUGAAAGUGUUUGUGGGUACUCUGCGGCCUCAAUGAUGGUGUCUGCGAUUACACAUGGAUGCGAAGUGCCGCCGCCCAUCCGUUACGGGAUUCUCUCCUUUCUUGGAAUUGGAGUGAGUGAUUGA